CCACGAAGAAGUACCUUAACAUUUUGUGAAUCGAUAAUGUUAUUACUUACAACAAUGAGAAAUGUUUAACUUUUUAUCUCAGCUGUAAAACGUUUGUAUUGUCGCUCGAUAGGUCACGAAACGCUCGUCAGUCUUCUAUUACCUCCAGAUGAACCACUUGUUCGGCUUUCAUCUUGAUAGGGUUCUUCUAACUUAAUAUCACUUGCGAUUGUCUGCAUGUUUUUGCUUUUCGCUAUCGCUAACUGAGAUACUGUGUCUUCAUUGCUCCUUCCGUCCUUCCUUUUUUCUACUUUGUUAUUGAUGUCAACGCGCGGAUAUUGGUUUAUUUCAAAUGCUAUGAUGCUAUCGCGAAUAACACAUUAUACGCGCGACAAUUCUCGACUCUGCUUCGUGGUACCAACGAUGUCGCGUUUAUCGAUUAGAGCCAAGACGCCUUCACGUUAUGUGUUUCUUAUAAGGGCGUCAUAAUGUACGUGUCGAAUGCAGUGGCUUCGGUCCUCGGCUACGUGCCUCAUUAUCUGCGAUCCGCAAUAUUUUCAAUCGUACACAAGGACGAUCAUGCAGAUAUCUACAGUUUGUUGAGGGCUGCAUCGGGGCUGGACGUUGCUCCCUUACGUGACUCCAACGUGGCCUUUACAAUCAUACUUCACAUGCGUUGGGGCCCGCUGCGAACGCAUCCAUCCGUACAAACGGCAGUCUACGAGCCUUUCAAGCUCGUGGGAUAUUUUCGCAAUUACACCGAAGGUCCGACGAUCUCAGUUCAAGGAAAAGACCGGUGGCAUCCAUGUUUUGUCGCUGUAGCAUUACCCCUACGACUAGGGCAAGUGACACGCGAACUGAUGGUCCCCGACGAUACCACGCUCGAGUUUAUAUCACAUCACAAUAUGGAAUGGAAAUUCGUCUUUCUAGACACCCGGGCUGCAAAUAUAAUUGGGUAUCUACCAUUUGAGCUCAUUGGCACUUCAGGCUAUAACUAUUAUCACGUUGAUGAUCUGAGCAGAAUCGUCCAAGGUCACCGUUCACUGCUUCAGACUGGAGAAGGAUCAUCUUGUCACUAUCGGUUUUUGACAAAAGGACAACAGUGGCUUUGGCUACAGACUCGUUACUACAUCUCGUAUCAACAAUGGACCUCAAGGCCGAGGCAUAUCGUCUGCACCCAUCGUGUACUCAGCUACAGCGAACGCGAUGCCGCCCUUAAAUCUGCUCGCUGCUCGGCUGGUUCAGGACCUUCAGGAGCAGCGACAGGCACUGGUGGAGCAGGAGCUUCGUCAAGUUCUUCGGCAGGACAAUCGACGGCGUCGAUAAACUGUGGAAAUGUUCGCGAAAGGACACCUACCUAUAGUACGAACGGAAGUAACGGUUUCGAAUUAGUGGACCAAGGCUCAGAUAAAGCUAUGGGAACCUGGGGAGGUUACUCGUUUUCAGGAUCAUCAGUUUCAACCCUACUAUCCACACCGAGGUCUUACGAAUCAUCGUAUUCGUGCAGUUCUCGAAGCAGCAUCUCGCCCAACCCAUCGGAGCAGUCAUGCAAUGAGUCGUCGUAUAAAUCAUCGCAAUGCCUAAGUGAGAACUCGCUUAUGGACGACUCAUCAUUUUUGUUGCCGUUAACUGACUCGUGGUUGUGUCCCGGAACGAAUGAUAUGGAACAAGCUUACACCAAACUCGAACCGAAUCCUGUCUUCGAGCCUUGCGGUACUUCAGCGAUGGCCACGGAGUCACCAGCCGCCCCUGGGCCUAGUACUUCGUCGUUCUGUUCGACGCCAGAAAGUUCUCGCUCUAAUUAUCCUACUGCGUCCGCUGAGAGACAUUUAAAAAAAAGACAACGACAGCUUCGAAAUCAAAUUCUGCGGCAGCAGUACGAGCUGGCCAGUAUCUCACAGCAACUCGAACAAUCUGAGCAGGAAACGUUCGACUCGCUUAUUAAUACCACCAACCGAAUUCGAACACAGUCAAUGAAUCCUACUAUGCCUGGGACAUCUGGCACGGCGCAAAGCGCCAUCUGGGACCCGACGCCACCAAACUGGCCAAAUCACCAUUAUUUCACCGCUAGUUCUAACGCUUCAGAACUCAACGAGCGCUUCAAGAUUCCCUCAGCUCAGUAUUUUAACGGAGUUCUCGAUGAGGCGACUGCGCGCCUACUUCCUCUGCCGGAUGAAACGUUAUUGAGUUCUGAUUUUAGCCUGUCGUCAUCGGACAACUCGUACAUCGAAAACGAGAGCUAAUGUGAGCGAUUAAUUGCUCGAAGAUUUCAGUAAACGUAUAAAACGAAUGUACGUCUACAGACCAUGCAGAACAAGUAAUUCAAUCAAUGACUUGAUAUCAUUUAAAGCCUUAUGUAUAUGCAUAUGUUCCCAGAUCGUACGUAAGUGGUUGAGACCGCGUUUUUCAGUUUACUUAGAGUUCUCUGCCAAGGUUCGACUAUGAUGUGAAUCGGGUUAACAUUUAAUGCUGGCUAUGUUAGGUUCGUUUUAUUGCUGAAUAUCAUUGAAUCUAUAUUCAAAAGGCUUAAGAAAGCCAAAAGCCGUGUAAAAUAUAUAACACGAUUGAAAAUACUUCCUUCGUACAAUUACCAGAUAGAUUUAAUACACACGAAAUUAGCGUUGUACGGUUUGUAGCUAGUACAUUUGCUCCUUGAUAUAGUAAAGCAUCAACGGUACUUUAUCUAGCUAGUUACUUCCAAGUUUAUUUUUUGUCUAGCAAUAAAUUUUCCCUAAAUUAGCCUGAGCUCGGAAGGACAAGGUCAAUGGCACUUACGGCCUGGCUGACAGAAUCAGUUGUAACGAAGCUGUCUAAGUGGACAGCAUCGUUGCAUUGAACGGUGCACUAGCGGGUAUAAGACACUGUUUUAAUUGCCAUUCAACCCGUGCCUGUAUGUAGUGCCCCGCAUGAUAUACGCGCUUAAAGUUAGACGUCGAACGAUUAGAGGGAAGGUUGUGUGCUUCUUGUGCACGCUUAGGUAGUUACACAAACGUACACAAGGUCUACACACGUAAUCGACCCAACAAAGCAACGUAAGGCUUUUUCUAAUGUAGCGCUGCCACAGCAUUUCGUAUUUUUGUUGAGACUGUUUCCAGCUGCUGCCUUAGCCCUGGCGCUGAUGUGUGCUGUCUCGUUAUAAAGGUCACCUGCGGGAGCUGGCAUCUGAUCUGUUGUGUACUGAAUUUGUGCAGCGACGCGGAAAGUAACAUUCGACAUUGAGCGAGAGUGCCUGUGGAUGCGUACUUGUUCGUGCGGAUAUCGUAAAGAGUUCGGACGUCAGAGACGCUGAUGCUUUGAUUAAACCCCACCCGAAGUCCUGCCUCAAUGCGAAGUAGACGGCUAAAUUCUUUCCAUCGGAAGAUUUUAGGUACACACCGGGCUGGAAAUGACCAAAUCAGUGUAGUCGUCAUUCAGAUUUCAAGUUAUCACCACAAACGUCUUUAAGUUACAAAAAAAAACAGAGCAGGUGCAGGACGUCCAGUCAUGGGCCAAACUGAAGAUAUGGAACACCGCUUCGCGCAGCAGGCUAUCAGGACGAAGGGUAGUAGUCGUCUUCACAUUAGCUUUAUACCAUUUCGCUGGGAAGAAAAAGACCUCGAAGAUCUAGUGCGUCCAUAUGGUCAUCCUGUUAACGCUGAAAUAAUUUCCAAUAGCCGCGGUUCAAUGGGUUUUGGCUUCGUUACAAUGCCAGAUAUAGAGGCGGCCAAGACGACGAUUCAUGCACUGAACGGCAAACUCAUCAAAGGUCGAAACAUAGAGGUAAAUUUUGCGUCCCCUCGAAGGUCCCGACAGAACAAAGGUCGGCGAACGUCGGAAUCUGCCCCGCAGCAUCCGGAGCCGCCGACAGUCAUCAGCGUCGCUACGGCCGAGGACGAACCCAGCAUUCCGAAAAGAGAUAAGGCAAGUUGCCAUAUGUCCGAUGGCAAGCGGAUCGCAAUGUCUCAAAUCUUGCACCUCAAAGCCAACCCUCAUGAUAUCUGCAAGAUAUGCGCACCUCCCGUUUAUGGCAAGGUCACGACGAACAGAAGUCUGUCACAGAAGAACAGCGGAUUGUCUUUGUAUUCACGGCGUGCGCUUGUCGCCAGCAAUCAUAUCUAUAUGGAGUCCAAAAAAUCGCCCAUGACUUUAGCGGAAGUCGACACAAGUACACCGAUCAUAUCAGAACCUGAUUAUGACGUCGCCCCGCUGUGCUAUCAGAACCUCUGUUCUUCAACACGUUUUCGUUUCGAUUCCAAGAGCACAGACUCCGACCUUUAUGACAGUAGCAGUUCUUUUAGAGCCCUACAACAGGACGUAAGCAACGCAAUGCAACAGUGCGAACCAACACAUCCAUUUCCCCUGGAUGAUCCCGGUAGAGAUUACCCCAUUUCGAUGAAGAGCACAGUAACAAGCGACUAUUCAGACCGAAAGAUAGAACGCGAAUUGUACAGUUUGUUUUCGCCUGAAAAUAGAGAGCUGAGCCAGGCCUAUGAGGCAUUUACAGAUUGGGCUAUGCGUUAAUACCUGCUAACCUUGUUGGGUCUCGUUGGUGAACUUGUUGUUGUUGUUGUUGUGGUGGUGGUGGUGGUGGUUGUUGUUGUUGUUGUUGUUGUUGUUGUUGUUGUGGAACAGACGAGACCCGGUGGUAGAACUAGCGAGGUGAAUGCAGAUUGCAGGUGUGCAAUAGACGGACAAAGACUACCUAAAAAAAAAUAAGUAAUCGGAUGGACCCGUUGUGAACGAUAGGUGAUGACCACGUCUAUCCACGUGUUUCGAAUACCCAAUUCCCUUAAUUGUUGUUGAGACGACCGCACCUACGUACACGUCACAAAUGGAACCAUCAGUCGCAAUUUGCGCAUUUUAGUCAUACGCGCAUUGCACGCUUCGAAAACAGCGGAGCUCACAAUUGCCGCGGCGACCGCCGAUAAUCUGCUGAAUGGGAAUUUGUAAAGGACUUCCAGCGGCUUGUUAUAGAACGGUAGCGUAAUGCGCCCACUGUUGUAAUUAUUAUCAUCAUUAUCACUUUUAUCACACAAUUCGUUCGUUACAUGGAAGCAGCAGGGGAAAGUCUCACACAAUAUUUCGAAAAUGGCCUGCAAACUAAACUCUACUCCGUGUAAAACUUGUUGUUAAAUAUUGUAAACCCUGAAAAGAACGUAGGUUUGCUUUAUGAGAACGCUUCAUACGUAUCUCGCCCCUAUAGCGUAUUAUGUCGACGACACAUCAAGCACUUAUAGAAAAAGAAAGUGACGAAAAGCCGAAGAAUCAUCAUUUGUGCAAUGUUCUUAAGAUUGUGGGAUGGCCAGAGGUUUUCGCUAGGCUUUUCCUGAACCAGUCAGGCCUUGUCUACUACACUACCUUAACUUUAAUGUAUACAUUUUUCAGAUCUUGUAAUAUAUGUAAUACUAGCACACACAAUGUAGGCUAAGUAUGAUGUAACAUACAGCGUCACCUGAUCUUAUCGACAUGGGGUUCCAUCGUUUUAACAUGACCGACCUGUUUAUUCUGUAUUUGUUUAGUUCGCAAUACAGCAGGAAUGCGGGGCAGUUCCUACAUGUCUGUAGCAUAGAGGAGUGCAUUUCAUAAUGCCACCAAGUGUUUUCAUAUUUAACUAAUAAUAACCAUAAGAAAUUACUUGAUAAUAUGCGAAAGUAAGGCGACUACCGUAACGUAAAUAUUUGAGCAAUUCAUCUUAUUUUAUCAUAGCGAAUUGAGGAAGCCGACGUUAAUUAUCAUAUCCAGUAAGACACUAGUCACUUUCUCGAACAAUAAACACUUGAAACAUUGUGAACUUACUAAUAUGGCUGGGUUAUUUUUUUUUUCUUUUCGAUUCUAGACUUUCGAGAUUCGUUGGUAGCGUGAAUAUGUAUAUGGGUAUAUGGUAAACAUAGUUAUAAAUAUAUAUGGCUAGAUUCGACCAAAUCAUCAUGUUGUCCGAAACCGCGCGAUUUUUGAAAUCGUUGCUGUGCCUCAGAAUUAUCUAUACACGCAUCAUCGUCUUGCUUCGUACUGCGAUUUUUCACGCUACAUUAGGGCAUCAUUAGGAAAUGCCGUAUUUUCUGUAAUUUGAAUAAAUUAAACACGUAACGUAAUGAGACAGUUACAAUGACUUAUUGUAAAGCAAAAAUAGUGCACUGCUAGCGAACUGCAAUGAGUUUUAUCUCACAUCUUGAGAUUUAAACCAGCUUUCCCCAAAGUGGCGCUCUGACUGCGGUAUUGACCAUUUAUCCAAUCGGCUAAUGUUUUCUUCCAUAAGCCGUCUUCGUCGUCUAACGGUUCAAGGCUUUCUAUGUUAUCCAAAAGCAAUGCCAGAACGUAUAGAAGGCGCCACCAUGCGCAGAAUCCUAAGACUAUAUAAAAAAAUAACAAGCCAACUAAAGUUUUCCGCUAUGACGUUAGCAGCUAUUAUAAUUGCCAAACAAAAAUUUGUUAACCAUAUACAAAAUGUGAUGUUUAUUUUGUGACAGUUCUUAUAGCAUCCAAAUAAAUAUCGGUGUAGGUAUUUGUGCAUACUUUAAUUUCGAAUCUAGAUUUAGCCAAACUGAAACCUGCGAGAAAUCUAUCCAAACCAAUAGAACAUUGGCAUAAAGUACUUGUAACAAUACAUCGUUAUUCUUCUUUGACUAGUUUUUACUGAAUCAUCAAGUCAUUAGUGAAUUCUGUGUGCGACAAAUAAACUAGACAAAUUCGGUAGAUGCCAACGCCCUAAUAGCUUAUACGAACUGAGUUUAACCAGAUUGUACGAACUCCAGGAUCUGAACGGACAGCGGUCCAGCUAGAAACUAAAAAGAUUUCCUCACUGCGAACAAAAUAUUCCUAUAUUGCAACUUCCUUGGGUACGAAAAGGUAAUUUGAGACAACACCAUGUGUCUCAACGUGGGAAAAGAUACCUCAAUACGACGUAAUAUCUUUCUUUCACAGUGUGGGAACUAAUACAAGGUCAUGAGAGCUUACGCAAUAGGAAAGUUACUGAUCCAGACAGGGUUUGCAACGAACACCCCAAAUGUGCCGUCGUUCCGGCGCCUCGUUGAAUGACACUGGUUAACCAAUGCUUACGUACUGGGAUAUCUUCAGCUCAGUGGAAAAAUACUACCCUGUUAGAGGUCCCCAAAGGAAGGAGCGACCCAUGCGGGGAGAAGCGAAGAAAAGUAUCUGCUAUGAACUGCUCCCCGACAUGUUGACUGAGAGACUAAAGAGUUACUUAGAAAGCGUACGCGUCAUCCCGACAGAGCUGCAUGGGUUCUUGAGAGAAUGCUCCACAGAAAGGGCGUGCAGAAUCCUGGCGCACUGGCCCCGCCAUGCAAAUCGCUAUACGCGCUGUUCCUCCACAUCGAAACGGCUUUCGACCAGACGCCCAAGGACAAGGUUAUGCUCUGGCUGGCCCAAAGUGAACGUCCUUGUAGAUCUUCUUGCUGUGAUUUUACAGAAGAACAGAACAACCAUCGAUUAGGAAGCGAAUGAACUUCCGCCUUUCACACGACAACAUGCCUGGCUUAAAGAGACAACGUGUGUCCGGUCAUACUUUCCGUCCUGCUGAAGGGCAUCUCUCAUCAAAUAAGGGGGCAGAGAUAAUCAGCCAGAGUCAUCUUGUACGCCGACGACUUAGUGAUAUACGGGUCGAACAGGUUCCAACUGCAGCAAGCUUUAGCCUUGCCCGACGCGGGGGCAACAGCUUUGGGACUAACCAUAAAUCUGACCAAGACAAAGGUGAUGAAGUUCAGAAGCGGAAGCAGGACAGGGUCUUGUAUUUUGCCGGGGCGCCUCUUACCGAGUGAAACUGCUCAUCAUUCUUGGGACUGUUGUUCUUAGCGAAUCGCAGAAGUUUCACUAAACACUUCACUGGAAGAUAUAUGAAGGUGGUGCUGGUGGCAACCAAAUCGCUUCAUUGCUUGUCCUUCACAACCCUUUGCAGCUCAUCCGCCUUCAAAGUUGCUCCAACUGUAAUGUAUGAGAUACGCAUAAUUUUCGAAGAUGUUACUGUACUAAUGAAAUCGCAUCGAAGGCUCUUUUGCGAAAAGAGCACUGGCAUUACGCUAUUAAUGGCGAUUCGAAACCGUGUAUUUUUCGGCCGAUUCGCCGGUGCUGUCAGAGAACAUUCCCUGUUGCUUUGAGCUCCUAGAAACGGAGACCUUCAAAUUGAAUCCUUAAAAAAUUAUCGGAGAUCGAUAGAGAUACGUUUGUUUGGAGAGUGAUGGAGAGCGAUGGGUGGAAAGGGACAUACAAGUUCAACAGACUCCAUGCCAUCAUUGGCUUUGCCCUGCAUGAGUUCUAGCAUGGAGAUAUAUGUAGGCGCUUCAGAUGUGGGAAAAAUUAUGAUAGACGUCGCUCGUUAACCCCUAGUACCAUCCCUACAGUCCACUUGGCAAAGGUCUCAAAUUAGUUUUAUGAAUUCAACAAAAUUCGUGUGAUGCAGACUAUUUUACAUGGUUCUAUAUAUCCUCCCAGAUAUGGUGAUACUGUGUUGUAGACCUAUAUCUGUGAAAUUUUUUAAGAAGCUUUUGACUAACACUAGCAAAUAGGAAUAAGUAAAGCUUGAUUGGAAACGAGCGUGUUGUUUAGCUAGCUGCGUAGAAAAGGCUGAAUCUUCAGCUUAUCAGGUGAUCCAGUCAUGCUAAUCCAAGAGUGCCCUGUAGAUAAUCAAGCGACAUCUUCCUGUACCGUGGCCCAUGGAAUAAAGGGCCCAAACUUUGGUUGGAAUGAGCACGAAUGGAUAAAAUUUGUUUAAUAUACCACUGAUAAACCUAUCUUAGAAUUACUUUUCUUAGAGUUACUUUUUGUAAUGGUUCCCCUAUUUCUCCCCUAUACCGUUGUCGUAUUCACUUCUCGACUUAAGAGUAAUAUUUUAGGAAUUUUGACAAAUUUUUUUUGCCUUUUACAAAGAAAACAAUGAAACUGAGUGUAGAGUGCCAUUGAACACAAUAUUAAAUCGUAUAUUCCUUCAAACCAUGCGAAUUACCAGUAGUAAAUGUAAACAAAUUAAGCAUACUGACAAAAAAUCAGUUAAAAAAUACGUGAAAAAAUGAGUGGAGCACAUUAUUGAAGUUUCCAUAUCAUCUAAAUCCUUUGCGAGUUUCACACUAAUGAUUCACUAGUGAUUUAAAUUUUUAAA